AUGAACCACAUGGACCACAUGGACCACAUGGACCACGGAGACCACACGGACCACGGGGACCACGACUGCCACGGCGGCCACGCCAUGGUGUUCCACGCUAACGUAAACCAAGAGAUCCUGUUCAGUGGUUGGGAAACCACCAACGCGUUAGAGCUGUUUGGUUCAGCAGUCGCCAUCUUCCUCGCUGGAGCUCUGUACGAGGGUCUGAAGUACUACCGGGAGGCGCUGCACGUGAGGGCCACCACAGCCACGGGGGAUUCCCAAGUUAAUAUUGCAAAGAAUGAAUGCGGCGCAAAAGGAACCUGUGGUGGGGCUAAUGUAGUUAAAUACACGAUGUGUUCGUCCGCGCACUUCAUCCAGACUUUCUUGCACGUCAUACAGUCCACGGCUUCCUACAUCCUCAUGUUAGUGUUCAUGACGUACAACGUGUGGCUCUGCCUCGCGCUCGUGCUGGGGAUGGCUCUCGGGUACUUCUUCUUCGGGUGGAGGAAGAGCUCCGUCGUAGACACCACGGAACAUUGCCAA